AAAAAAAAUAAAAACCUAUUUUCCCGGUCGCCCACUCCCCCCUGUGUCUCUCUCUCAAACUGUACGGACGCCAAGGUUUCCCUCAGGAAUUGCAUCUAUAAUAAUCCCCUUUGUGUGCGUAUAUAUACACAGACUGAUUACAUAUGCGUCUUUGAUCUAAAUCAUAACCCUAGCUUUUCUCCGGUGAGAUCCAAACUUUCCGGGGAGAUCCUCCGGCAACCGAUGCUCGACUCUCCGGUAAGUGAUAAAUAUAAUUCCUUUACCGAGAAAUGUUAGCUCAAUUCGUUUGUUUUCACCUCCAAUCCAAGACCUGGUUCCACAAGAGGAAAAAGAACACCUAAAUCGCUACUUUGAAUCCCUUUCGACCCUGAGAUCUUAUCAAAUUUGUAUCAUCUCAUGGUUUUGCACUUGUACAGUCCUUGCAGUUAGGUUGGGAUACUUUUCAUUGUAUUAGUUUGUAGUUUGUACAGCUCGUACGGUUAGAAUAUAAUUGAAGCUGAAUUGAAAAGAUUCGUGGAGUUUUCUGGGGGGAAUUUUAAAGUGGCGAAGAUGAAUUUGAGCGCGGCCGAAGAAAAAUCGUCGGGGCAAGAGAUUCACAUCCCGGCCGAUAUCGACUGGGAAAUGCUUGACAAGUCGAAGUUUUUCUUCCUCGGUGCCGCGCUCUUUUCGGGCGUAUCGGGCAUACUUUAUCCGGUUGUGGUGUUGAAAACUAGGCAACAAGUAGCUCAAUCCCAAGUUCCUGGCAUCAAGACCGCUUUUUGGAUGGUGAGGAAUGAAGGUUUCCGGGCAUUGUAUAGAGGGUUUGGGACUUCUCUCACGGGCACGAUCCCUGCCCGGGCUCUUUAUAUGGGGGCGCUAGAGGUUACGAAGAGUAACGUGGGAACAGCCACUAUUGGUUUAGGGUUUUCGGAGCCGAUGGCCGCAACAAUCGCAAAUGCUGCCGCUGGUUUGAGCGCGGCAAUGGCUGCGCAACUUGUAUGGACCCCGAUUGAUGUGGUGAGCCAAAGGCUGAUGGUUCAAGGUGCUGUUAGUUUCGGCCAUGGUGGUGGUAACAUGAAUUCAGGUGUUGCUAAGGCAUCGGCGUGUAAAUAUCUUAAUGGGAUCGAUGCAUUUAGGAAGAUUUUGAAUACGGAUGGACCGAAGGGAUUGUAUCGGGGGUUCGGGAUAUCAAUUUUGACGUAUGCACCAUCAAAUGCAGUGUGGUGGGCGUCUUACUCUGUGGCGCAAAGGAUGGUUUGGGGUGGAAUUGGGUGGUACUCUUGCAAGAAAGAUGAGGAUAGCAAUGAGAAUAGGCUGAGAGCGUUUAGGCCAGAUUCAAAAACAAUAAUGGCGGUUCAGGGAGUCAGUGCAGCCAUGGCGGGUGGCAUGUCAGCUUUAAUCACAAUGCCACUCGAUACAAUUAAAACCAGGCUGCAAGUUUUGGAUGGGGAAGAGAACGGACGUCGAGGACCAACUGUUGCACAGACAAUCAGGAAUUUGGUCAAGGAAGGCGGUUGGACGGCUUGUUACAGAGGAUUGGGGCCUCGGUGGGCUUCAAUGUCAAUGUCUGCAACAACAAUGAUCACUACCUAUGAGCUUCUGAAACGGAUGUCGACAAAGAGUCAAGAGGCCUUGACAUGAUUAACUAUAGAGGGACAAUGAAUUAGAUAAAAGAGAAGGAGAAAUAGAAGGGGUACUUUUCUUUGAUCUUUGUCUAAAUCUUCUUUAUUUUCUCUCACUUUGUUUCUGAGUUUCCCUCUUUUGCCUGUUUUCCUUCCCUUGUGUUAGCCAGCCUGACGGAUAAAUCAGUGUAAAAUCAUGUCAGGACUUACGUAUAUAAUAUAUAUAUAUAUAUGAAAUAAUUUUUAGCUUCCACUACACCUUAUCUGUGUUAUCUCAAUAUGAUGUUAUCCGGAACAUCUGGUUUGUAUAUAUUGCAAAACUCAAGACCAUAAUUUUGUGUU